UUUCUGUGUAUGAGAGCGGCUCUCUUUCUCUCCGUUUUUUCACACCGGGUGUGUAUACAGCCGCGCUGGUAAUCCCCUAUUAACUAUGCAGCGUAGAGAUAUUAAAAUGACUGACGUCAUGCAAGUCGCCAUUAUUGGAGCUGGGGUGUCUGGAUUGACUGCCCUCAAAUCCUGUCUGGAGGAAGGACUAGAACCGGUGUGUUUUGAGAGAUGCGAAGAAAUUGGAGGAAUGUGGUACGCGGAUGACAACAUGUACCCGUCAUCUUCACCAAAACCGUAUCCGUCUCUGGUAACAAACACCAGCAAGAUGAUGUCAUGCUUCAGCGAUUUCCCCUUCUCCAAGGACACCACGACCUUCAUGACCCCUAAAAUGAUACACGACUACCUCCUCAGCUACGUUGACCAGUUCAAACUCCGGAAAUACAUUCAGUUCAAGACGGAAGUCCACAAAGUCUCGAAGGCGCGAGAUUUCGACGAGACCGGAAAUUGGGAAGUCGCCAUUCACGACAGCAACGGAAAAUCUCGUGUGGAGGUUUUCAAUGCAGUCGUGAUUUGCUCUGGAUAUUUUAAGAAGCCUCGGUAUCCUGAUAUAGAAGGGAUGGGAAGUUUCCAAGGAAAGAUCGAACAUGCCAUUAAUUUUAAAACAGGAGAAGCGUACAGGGACAAGAAUGUAGUUGUUGUUGGCAAUUCGUUCUCUGCCGGAGACAUUGCUGUUGCUGCUGCAGAAUAUGCAAAUCAGGUGUAUGUGAGUGUUGGCCGGGGCUGCGUGGUGUUGAGGAGAUUCGACGAUAAUGGCUGGCCGUGGGAUAUGCAGGUGUUUAGACGUGUUUACAGUUCUUCGUGGACAGUCGUCUACCUUCUGAAGAUCGUACGGAAAAUAACGAGCAUCGCACUCAAUCAUGACGCAGUUGGCAUUCAUUCGGAGAAACCGUUUCCGUUUUGCCCCUUCAUGCUUAAUGAUGACGUUGGUAGCAGGAUCAUGACGGGCAAGGUGAAGGUCGUGGGAACAGUCGUCAGGAUGGCGGAGAAAAGUGUUCACAUCGAUGACGGGACGGUGGUGGAUGACGUAGACGUCGUGGUGUUUGCUACUGGAUACGAUCGACAUCUUCCUUUUCUCGAUAACAGUUUGGUCGAUUCGGCUCAAGCUAUAAAUGAACAGAAAAACGAAUGGUACAAGUUAAUAUUCCCUGUACAUCUACAACACCCCACUUUGGCUAUGGUCGGCAUGGCAACUGGAGAGGGAUCUAAUCUACCAAUCUACGAGAUGCAGUCUCGACUUGCCGCCAGGGUGCUCUGUGGUAAACACAAACUUCCGGCGAAGAACACCAUGCUCAAAGACAUAGACCGGUGGAACUCGUACUUCAAGUUCAAGUUUUCUUACUACAAGCAUCAGGUUCCGUAUCUCCCAUACAUUGAGGAACUAGCAGCAGAGCUUGGCGUUAAACCCACCUUCUGUCGACUGUUCUGGUGGAAGCCACGACUUGCGUACUUGUGCAUAUUUGGCCCCGCCUCCCCGCUACAGUACAGACUUAUAGGACCCCACAGCAAUGCCGAGGCUAUCAAUCACUGCAGCGCCAUCUACGAGAACACGUUUUCUGGUGUCAGACACAGAAGAGUUCCACCACGAAAACCCAUCACCUUGUGUCCGUCUUUCAUCACAAUUCUGAUUCCUGUAGCUUUCACAAUUGCUGCAUAUUAUGUCUGGAAGACAUAUUUCUUGUAGGUAGCAUUAUAUCAAAUCGCAUAUGGCUGGGUCAUGUUCGAAGUGCACCUAAUGUUUUAACAUAACCGUUAGUAAUCCAGUCCUGCCAUUAGCAAUAAAUGUGACUGUUCAUUGUCAAAACUGUUUUUAUCACAGGCCAAACAAAAUAAUGGUUGUGG